AUGCCUGAUGCGCUACAACAAGCUAAUGACGGAGGUUGCGCCAGUGCAGCGAACGUUUGUGGACUCCUCCGGAACUGCAAGACCAAGUGUGACCGCUACCGCCUGCUCCGUGGUAUCCUUAUCGCUGUUGCAGUAGCAGCGCUGUUGGGUGGAGGAGUUUCCAUGUAUCGGACUGCCUCAACUGCAAACAAGGUUGAGGCAGCCCAACCAGCUGACUCAAAACCACCAUCCAGAAGUAUCAAGGAGUCUCUUCUUGCAAAGAACACCUUCUUGUCAUCGGCCGGUCUAAUGGCAACAACUGCGUUUGCGAUGGCGACACCUGCACCACCAGACGCCCCAACUGCACCGCCAGAGGUCGCACCUGCACCGCCAGAGGUCACACCUUCACUACCAGAGGUCACACCUGCACCGCCAGAGGUCACACCUGCACCGCCGGAAGCUCCAAAGGAUGACAGCUGUGGAACUGGCUACAAACUAGUUGGCGGGGCUCUUAUCCGGUUGGCAAAAGAAAUGCAGUCCCAUUACUACGCCAUGGCGGCAUGUAAGAAGGAAGGAGCCACGCUGGCCAUGCCGAAAACAGAGGAACUGGACGUCGCUCUGAGAAAUCUGGUCAAAACGGAAGGAGGCAACAAGGAUCACUGGAUCGGCUUGGAGGAGAGAGGGGAGACCUGCAGCUGGUAUUGGGUGGACGGGUCGAAGGUUGACAGCAACCAAUACAAGGGAUGGUAUCCAGACCAGCCAAGCAACCCACGAUAUUUUGGAUGUUGGCAUACUUGGUGUGCUUAUACCCCCUUCACAAUAGACAAUAUGGACGAAGGCAUCCACGAUUAUCACUAUAUCGAUAUUGAUGAUGAAGUCCCUGAAGAAUGCAAGAAUCGUGAACAGCGGAGUCACAUUGGGCCUUCUGAUGGCUGCGACAGUCCUGACCAACUCACUGACGCCAUGCCUGAUGCGCUACAACAAGCUAAUGACGGAGGUUGCGCCAGUACAGCGAACGUUUCUGGACUCCUCCGGAACUGCAAGACCAAGUGUAACCGCUCCCGCCUGCUCCGUGGUAUCCUUAUCGCUGUUGCAGUAGCAGCGCUGUUGGCAGGCUGA